CUUUAUGGUUUAUACGAAAUUGUCAUUUAUACUGCCAGCAGAAAAGAAUACGCCGACGCAGUGCUAGAUGCGACGAAUCUGCUGCUGUACGUGGACCGCGUCUUUACCCGCAGCGACUGUAUCUACACAGAGAACUUUGUGCACAUUGGGGGCUGGUGCGGCAGCGAAAGCGACGAGCAGCUGCUGCUGCUGCUGCCGCUGCUGCAUGCAUUAAGAGCAGCAAAAGACGUCAGGGCCAUUUUGGGGCUUAGGACCAUGACCCACCCGUUACUUCAGCCCGCUGCGCAAAGCCUUCAUGGCUCUCAGCUGCAGCAGCAGCAGCAGCAGCGGCAGCACAAGCUGCUGCAGCAGCACAAGCAUCAUAUCCACGACCUGAACCUGAAGGAGCAGCAGCAGCAGCAGCAGCAGCGUUCGCGGCUGUCUAGUUUGCCUUUGCAUGCAUUUCAAGUCUGCAAAAGGGCACUUGGAAGGUCUAGGACGUUUGCUGCUGCUCUGCAGCAGCAAGCAGCAAAGCUGCAGCAGCUGUUGCAGCAGCAGGUGGGGCUGCGUGUUGCGGGCAGCGACUUGGCGGCCCAGCAGCAGCAGCUGCAGCAUCACCAGCAGGUUUUGCUGCAACAUCACCAGCAGGUUUUGCUGCAGCAGCAGCAGCAGCAGCAGCAGCACCGGCGACAGUGGGAGCUGCUGCAGCUGCAGCAGCUGCAGCAGCUGCAGCUGCAGCAGCAGCUGCAGCCACGGCAGCAGCAGCAACAGCAGCUGUAUUUGAGGGAUCCUGGGGCUGCAGCAGACUUUCAUGCAGUGCAGCAACGAAAGCCGAAGCUGCAGCAGCAGCAGCAGCAGCAGCAAAAAUACCAGGAGGAAAACAGGCAGAAUUAG